GGAAAUUUUGAAAGUUGGAUCCUGCAGACUCGGUACUGGAAAAGUUUUCUGUGGGAGAAGUUGUGGGGAAGUGGCUGUGCUCAUUAUUCCUACUGCCUCCUGGCCCGUGAAUAUUGAGUGUCGAAAUCUCUCUGGGGUGCUGGGCGCGCCCCUGUAAGCGGGUAGGGUUUGGGGGCGUCUCUGGCCUUUGGGGAGAGGGGGGGAUGAUUGGAAGCUGCCCUUCGUUGGAGAAAGCCUUUCUAAAGGAGAUUCUGGGUUUUUUUCUUUGCUGGAUUUGGAGUCAUGAGUAACAAGAAGCUGAGACGAGUGGGUUUAUCACAAGAACUGUGUGACCGUCUGAGCAGACAUCAGAUUGUUACCUGUCGGGACUUUUUAUGUCUGUCCCCACUGGAAGUUAUGCAGGUGACUGGCCUGAGUUAUCGCGGUGUUCAUGAACUUCUGUGCAAGGUCAGCAGGGCUUGUGCCCCACAGAUGCAAACAGCUUAUGGAAUAAGGACACAAAGGUCUGCUAAUCUCUUACCAGCUUUUUUAUCUACAACCCUCUCUGCUUUGGAUGAAGCCCUACAUGGUGGUGUUGCUUGUGGAUCCCUCACAGAGAUUACAGGUCCACCAGGUUGUGGGAAAACUCAAUUUUGUAAAAUGAUGAGUGUAUUGGCUACAUUACCCACCAACAUGGGAGGAUUAGAAGGAGCUGUUGUGUACAUUGACACAGAGUCAGCAUUUAGUGCUGAAAGACUGAUCGAGAUAGCAGAAUCCCGUUUUCCUGGAUAUUUUAACAUUGAAGAAAAAUUGCUUUUGACAAGUACCAAAGUUCAUGUUUACCGAGAGCUUACCUGUGAAGAAGUUCUACAAAGGAUUGAAUCUUUGGAAGAAGAAAUCAUUUCCAAAAAAGUUAAACUUGUGAUAAUUGACUCCAUUGCUUCUGUGGUCAGAAAGGAAUUUGAUACACAACUUCAAGGCAAUAUGAAAGAGAGAAACAAGUUUUUGGCCAAAGGAGCAUCCUUAUUGAAGUAUUUGGCUGAGGAGUUUUCAAUCCCAGUUAUCUUGACGAAUCAAAUUACAGCCCAUCUGAGCGGAGCCCUUGCUUCUCAGGCAGACCUGGUGUCUCCAGCUGAUGAUUUGUCCCUGUCUGAAGGUGCUUCUGGAUCCAGUUGUGUGAUUGCUGCACUAGGAAACACUUGGAGUCACAUUGUGAACACCCGACUGAUCCUACAGCACCUUGAUUCGGAGAGAAGACAGAUUCUCAUUGCCAAGUCCCCUUUGGCUGCCUUCACUUCGUUUGUCUACACCAUCGAGGCAGAAGGUCUGGUUCUCCAAGAUUUCCCUGAGAGGACUGAUUUACCCAGCUUAUCUUCUUCUGCCAAGUCCCAUCAAUCACUGGUCACCGUUUGCCAGCCGAUGGAUGGGUCACCCUGGGGUCAAGGACGUCCUGGUCCCGUCUGCUCAGCUACAACAUCCUGGCAAUAAGCUACAAGGUUUUACUAUGACUACCAGAGAAUUUAUGCCUCAGGUAAUCUGCCCACACUCCACAGGAGAAACAAAAGUGUUGUUCUUAUUGUUAUUCUCUUGGCUAAAGAAGCAUUCCAUUUUAUUUCAUAUUAUCAAGAGAAAUGUAUAGCAAAGACUAUCCUAGAAGUCUGAUCCCCUUUCCUAUUUAUUGCUUUUCUUCAUGAUCCUAAAGUCCCUCAGCUCACAGAGUGAUUCUUGUUUAAACUAAAGAACACAGAGCCUGUGGCCUGCCACUACACAGCUUCUCCCACCUCCGAAAUAAGGCUCGGAAGAGUGUCUCUUAACUUGGUCCAAAAGCUAAAUUUGAAGAGGUCAGAGGGUCUCUGGUUAGUCGCAUUUCACCCAACUAUUUUUAGCUGGCUUAGGGCAAAAUAAGGUUCCCCAAAGAUCUGGGCCCUGUGAAAGUUGAAAAUUCUGCCAAGACGGAGCAAUACAGCUAUCCCUGUUGGGAAAGGGAAUGGUGCCCUAUUUCCUCAGCCCAGGAUGUCUGUUGCUGUUGAGUCGUCUACCUGCUUUGUCUUGAUUGAAUCUGAUCACAUUGGCUUGGUCUGCUUGUUUGCUACUCCAACCCUCACCUUUAUUACUGGGCCUAUUGAAAUAUCAAGGUGCUGACUCUGGGCCACCGGACGCCACAUCGUCCUCUGUUCCUGGGUCAGAAGCAUGGCAAGCCUCUGGGUGUCCACUCUAAUGGAAAUGCAUGGCAAAGCAUCCUGGAUGUCAUCCUGCAUAAAUUCCCUCCUUCUGCCUCUUCUGCCAAUGCCUCUGCCCUACUUCUCUCUUGUUUCUCUCUCCUGAGAGCUCAAGCCUUGCCAUGCUCCUUCUGGCCCUUCAGGCCCUUUCGGGGCUGCACCAAGGGGAAGCAUCUUCUUGCCCAGACACACCUGCCCUUCUGCACAGUCCUGUGUGACCCUUCGUUCUCUGGCCUCUGUGGCCAGAAUGCUUUAAGUUCAAAAACCAGACAUGUUUCCAUGACUGCACUGGCAAAAUAAAGAGGAGUGAGGGGCCAAGUUCAAGGUUUCAGCUCGACCCCAAAUUACCCCUAAGAACCACGCCAUGGGAAGGCGACCUCAGUGCAGCCUGGGGGCCAUCCCAGUGGAACACAAAACUGGCCACUCAGUGUCCAGCUCUCUUGUUUCUCUGCUCCCCAGGCAGGACACUGGGAAGAUGGAAACCAAGUUUUAAGUUGAAAGAUGAGGCUGGGGCUUCAUUAGAUGAUUUAUGGCCUUGGCCAAGCUUUCCAAACUGUAGUUAUUCCUGGCCAAGUUCCUUACUAGUCACAUGCAUGACAUGGAAACAUCAGCUUUGUCAGAAAAAUACUCCUGCCCCAUUUCCAUCUGUGUCUAUGGUCAGGUUCUUGGUGGAAGAUGCUGGUAAUAGAGCUGGGUGUUAGAAGAACUGGAGAAAAGAACACUUUCCAACAACUCUGCCACCCCAGCAGUGGCAAUGACCAAGCACAUAUGAAAAGAGAGCAUGGGGCAGUCAGAACAGGAUGGCCCAACCUCCCCAUAGCAGAGCCCCACACAUGCUUUUCCGUAAAUGAAUGGAUUAUGAAUGUUUAGGCUUUCUUAUCUGUAAUCUCUAACUGCCCAGUAUUUGUCCCCUCUCUCCUGGUUCCCAUGCCCGUGCUUGUUCUUGGGGAGUCCCACACUGUCCCCUGCACCCUGCACCUGAAUCUGUGAGAUUCAGUUCAACUCCACGCCAAUUCAGGCAAAGCAAAUGAUCCAGGCCUAAACCAAUCAGGCUGUCUCAUUCUCUUGGGCAAGGUGAUUGGUUCAGGAAUGGACAUCAGAUCAAUCACAACAAAUGAGAUUCCUUGAGGUUUUCCUUAGGACUUCUCUAAAGGAUACUCAUCCUUUGGCUUUGACGCUCCUAACUGGCAAGUAUAAAGCCUACAACUGUUGCCCUUUUUUUCUGGCAUGUGAACUCUGAGUCUAAAGCCAGCACAGCAGAGAAGAAAGCAGAGAGAAGGAGAGUAACCAAGUCCUGGCGACGUUAUUUUAGUCCUGAAUCCUACUGCAUCUGCUGCUAGGUCUGAUUCUGGAUCUUUCCAUUGCAUGGCCCAUUGGAUUUCCCACUUACUAAAGCAGUUAGAGGAAGAUUUUCUGUCCUUGGUAACCACAGAGCCCAUAUAUACAGAUGCUGUUCAAAAGUACCUUCAUUGUUUAAUUGGAACUAAAAGGAAAGAGACAGGCCAACAUCGGGCCUUUACUUUGCAAGCUUCCACAGACAGAAGCAUACCAUCUUUUGUAAUGGGGGGGAGGGGGGAGCAGCAACAGGAGGUUCUCAGACAGGAAGAGGGGAACUCUAGACAGGAAGUUCCACCACCAAUGCCCCCUUUUCGGAGCCAAAACUGCUAAAACUGCAGCCCAUUCCUAUUGAGUUUAGGCUUUGUAACACCUCCGUUUAUGCAUUUAUUAUAAUAAGUGUUGCUGCUAUUGUGAAGCUUCCAUCACAUUUAUAUUUCCCUAUAAUUUGCUCCCUUCCCCUAUGAAUAAAUGAAAUUGUCUAUUACUCAUUGAAUAACUUUAAUAUAACCUGCUUUUCUCCCCACUCCUAGCGUAUCAGUCUAGGCUCCCCAGAGAAAUAAAACCAAUGGGAUUCUCUUCUUUCUCUGUCCAUCUCCAUCAGGUCUAUCUUCAUCUCUGCCUCUGUCUCAGUUCUGUCCCUGUCGUCAUCCCUGUCCUUUCCCUAUUCCUAUCUUUACUUCUACACACAAGCAAACACCAUCAGAGGCUUUGAUCUGGGUCAUCAUCCCUAAGCCCUAAAGAACAACCUCAGAGAAAACUCCAGAAGCAGAGGGCAGAGUGCUACUGUGGACCAGCAGGGCCUAGGACUUAAGCUUAUCCAGAAGGAAGGACAGAGAGAACUUGGGGCCUGAGACAGUGCUGGAUCCCUUGUCUUUUAGUUGAAGUUGAAAAGAAGCUACGCUUGCUAGGAUCCAGAAACAGAGCCUGAUCUGUUGAGGAUGUGUACAUCUUGAAGAUUCUGCCUUAUAGAAAGGCUGCCGGGCCUGCCGUGUGGUGUGACCCAUGACUAUGGGCGGGACAGCUUGGUAUUUUCAUACUGAUGGAAACAGUGGCCUUGUUGAUCUCAGAGAGUCCCAGAUUAAGCUGAUUUUGCUAUUUUUAAUCUCACCGGAAAUAAGCAAAGAAGAGAAGUCUAAUUGCAAACAGACUGAACUUUACAUAGGAAAUAUGUAGGUCCCCUGGGGCACCUAGAAAGUGUCUGAAACCCUUGCUGGCCCCCUGGCUACCCCACUCCCCUCUCCAGGCUGCACCCAGGAAGAUGUGAGGUUGCAGGAGGGUUUGGGAGUGGGAGUUCAGCUUUGGCAGUGGCUGUGGACCGGCCAAACCAGUCCAGCCAGCCAGCCUGCUGGGCCUAGGGGCAGGGGCUCUGGAUGAGAAACAGGAAGACAUUUUGCCCACAGCUUGCACCAUGGCUUCAGGAAAGCUCUGUCUUCUCUUUCCCCCAUUAUUUUGGGUUUUCUGGUCUUUCUCUGCUUGUCAAAUCCCAGGCGUGGGAGGAUUCGAAACACCACUAUCAAACCCACCGCUGGCACACAGAAGCGCAUGUGUGCGUGCACGCAUGCACGUACACACUUCCCGCCCCCUCUGCAGCCCCGCUACAAUCCCAUUUCCCACACAACCCUGCGAUGUGUAGCCAAGUGGGGCCCGGUAAGAGCUUUCAAACAGUUCACAUGGCCCCAGCCUUCCUUAAGAGCUCCAGAGUUAAAGUUCGAGCCAGAACCCUGGGCCUUGCUGGCAGCUGUGCAGCUGGGUCACUGUGGGGGAGCGGGACAAGGCCCUGUGGCCUGCUGUGCCUCAGUUUCCCUGUUUGUCAGUUUGGACAACCAUGACCACUGCUAAUUCUGAAUUGUCUGCCUGCUGGUGGGAUCGGGCACUGAGAGAGAAUGGGGGAUGUGCUCAGAUUUAUAGCGUGGAAGUCUCAGAAUGAGUCAAAGAAGAGAGAAACCAAAAUAGAUUGGGAGCCCAGUGCUCAGAAAGGCAGCCAGAAAAGAUUAGACAUGCUGCCGAGAGAAUCAUCCCAAUGACUUUAUUGAGGGCUCUUGCUCAGAAACAGCAACUGUGUUAUUGUUACUUCCAUGGACCAGGCAGACCCUUCCUAGUGACAGGAAGUUUGGAACUGGAGCCAUCCGUGGGCCCUGCUGUUGCUGAGGUCACCCGGGAAACUGGGGCUCUUCCAAGGGAAAUCAGCAUGGGGCUCCAGGGCUUGGCGGAAUGGCUGGACAGAUGGACAGUCUUUGAGUAAGAAGGUCAUGGUUUUGAGGCUUGGGAGAGUGGCAGGGCCCCCUGCUGCAGCUCUGUUGGUGGGAGUAAAGUCUUUCUUUAUGGGGCAUUUCUGCUGCAAAGCCCUUCUCCCCUCAUGCUUGAUUCUUGGUCUCAUGAAUCCACAUUUAGGGCAGUAGGCCAGGAGUACUGACAUAGAGCCAAAGAACGGCUAUAUAGUUCCCAUCCCUGGAAGCCCCCAGUCCCUAGCUAUCCCCAGCAAUGGCUUUUCUUCUCAUAUCCUGACCUCUCUCAUCUUCUGUCUCAUUAUAGGCUCCAUCUUUGCCGCUUAGCCAUUGACCGACCCCUUUCAAUCAUCCUUUCUGUCAGGUUAUUCUACCCUUAUCUUCACUGGAGUGCUUCAGGCAACAGUGCCAAAAUUUGAUUGCGUUCACCAACAACAUGGUCAGAACUUGUGCAUUUAUAGACAGGGAAUGAUAAAUAUCUCAUUUCUGCACUGAAGACCCGUUCUUCCUCAUCCUGCUAGCUCUCAACCACCCUUCCAUCUCCUGCUCAUCUCUGCUGGAAACACUACUAGCCAAGGCAAGCCAAGCCAAGCAGGUGUCUUUGGGCUCUCAGACCCUCCAAGCAGGAGGGUUUCUUCUGUGGCUACCAGAUUGUUCCCUGAUGCUAGCCAGCUCCAAGCAUCUGCCUCUGGCCCUCCCAGGAGGAUAGUCUCUGGAGACACAGUCCAACCACUUGAUCCAUCCUCUUCCCAGUCCAGAUCUGUUGGCAAAUGAAAUUCUCUGCCAAGGGAGAGCCAGCCUGGGGUACUUACCAUAACUUGGCAAGCCACCCACGGAGGGGCGGCCAGUUUGAGAUGAAACUUACACUUGGUGGGCCAAUGUGAGGAAGGACACAGGAGGAAGAUGCCCAGGGCACAUGUCAGAUCUUUGGACAAGCCACUGCUGGCAGUACAUCGUUAUCAAGAAAAUAGCACCCAAGAACAUACAGAAAAAAGCAACUUAAAAACCCCUGCCCCCGCAACAUAGUGCUAUCCUAACUCCCCAUACCUUUCCUCCUCAUGACUACACCUUGGACAGGUCUAAAACCCCACUUUAUCCUGCUUUAUCCUUGCUUAACUCCUUCCCUCUAUAUUUUGUUAAUCUCCUUAGAUGCCCCGCGUCAGUCCUGUCCUCCCUUCAGAUUCUUCCCCUCCCCAGCAGACUUCUUGGGACCUGGAGCCUAAAUGACCGCUUCUCCACUCACCACACUUUUGUCAAAUUUGUGAAGUUCAUUUAUUUACUGAACACUUUCUUAUAUGUUCUUCAUGGCAGAUGCUGUCGCCCUUGUCUCCCUAAUGAAUCUGUGUUUCCCUAACCUGGUCCCAGAAUCCUUUAUAUGCAACAACAUCCUCUCUGUAGUCCUUGUAACUCACUAGGGCCUCCAGCAAUACUUAUUGCUUGCCUGAAAAGGAACUGAAGUGACCAAAAAGAUGGAUAGCCAAGAAGAACUAGAGAAAUGUUUAACGACACUGAGUGGACACAGACGGUCCCUUCUUGAGGGCAGAGGUGUGACAAGUUUUUCUUUCUAGACAAUCUCCUGGUAGUCCUAGAAUCAUACAGAGUCCCAGGAAAGGUGGUGGUUGGUGGAACAGUGCCCUACAAUCAAACAAGACCAUAACUGCAAAGCCAGAAGGGCUAAACAACGUUAGCUUUACAACUCCAGGUGAGGAGAAUGGUAUUUAUAGACAAAGUGGAUCCCAGAGGCUAAGAUUUUAAGAUGGACAUCCUGAGAUCCUAAUGGUUUCUCUUUAUUCUCCUCUCCAUCCUUCCUUCCUGGAGGCCCUGGAACCUUCCUGUAAUUUGGACAAAACCAUGAAUCCUCUAUUGUUUUUCAAUCCUUACUCACACUAGCAAGGGAUUUAAAAACUGCUUUGUGGAAGGGUGAUUUGUGACACGUGGAAAACAUUCGGAUGCCUCCAGAUGAUAUGUGCCAUGACACCAAAACUUCCAUCAGAGAAUUUCAAAUUUCUACACAAAGACAGAGGCUAUUCUGCCCUCUGAGAAGUCCACAGGCAAUGGGGCUGGAGUAGGAAUAGUGCGUCGCGCGUCAUCCACAGAUGGACUCACCUCAACUCAGAGUUUCUGUCAAGUCCAAAUGUGCCAUUGAAAAACUUUCUCCCAAGCUCUUCUUCAUAUCAGAUAAUAGUGAUGGAGACAAAUCAGACACAGGGUGGGAACCUAAGACUUUGCUAUUUAUAUGGCCCAGGAAAAAAUGGGGAAAUCGCUGUUUUCCUUCAAAGCCAUCUAGAAAGUACUAGCCAAAGAACAAAUUACAAACAGCUAUACAUGUGUCAGGGAAGUCCCGUAGAUCAUACGGGAUGGAAAAUAACCAUGAGAUCAUCGUGUUCAUCUCCCUUGGGGCACGGACAGCCAGGAUGCAGCUUUGCGCUCCCAUCUGAGGGUGUCUGGUUCGUUACCUUGCUCUUGCUUUGCACUGUGAAUGGGCCUCCCAAUUAACCUCCCAUUUGUCCACACGAUAAGCAGCACCUACGAGACGCGUUCCUCUCCCAAGGGAAUUAAGUCCCAAACAUUCUUUCCUGGGUUGUUUUUGUUUGCUGUGUUUAAACACCUCUAGAUGUACGUCCACGGUUUGCCGAGCUGUACUGACCAGUUCUACGCCCUAGCCGGGCCUGGCUGGGCUCACACACGCCAAAGCCUGCAAUGACAGUAGGGCCUGAGCCCAGCUGUUAGAAGCUGUGGAUGCAGAAAAAAAGUUAUGCCCAUUUUCAUGUUAAGAAAACCAGAUAGCUAAUCUGUACCAGGGAAGCAAACGAAAGUAAUGAGCUGUAGUUGAAAACAUUUGUUUUCUUCAGAGAAAGCACGCAGAGUAAAUGUGCAUGAACAUACACAUGCGUAGAAACCCAAUGCACACACACAUUCGUGCCUACACACAUCUGCACAGUUCUGCUCCUCGUUACAAAAAUAAA